AUGGGAAUAAACCUAGACAUUAAAAUUAUAUUUGAGGAUAAAUUGGGUGAUGUGACACAUACACUAACGACCCAUUACCAUAAUAAUAUUAAGAGUCUCGUAUGUGGCCUUUCAGGGUAUUAUCAAAAUAUUUUUUUAGCAUCAGAAUGUCAUGUAAUUCAGCAUUUCCUGUUCCUUAUUCAUCAAGAGAGCCGAAAACAUUCUGAAUGCAAAAAAGAAGAACUAUCUAAAGAGAAAAGAAAUAAAAUGUUCGUGAAAAUGCGGUUCUGCAUCAUCAUUCAGAUAGAUCCUGCUCCGAAAGCAGAGGCAAACAAAUAA